GGAGCCCGGCCCGACCAAACCCCUGCUUGGCUGGGACUGGCAGGCUGGCAGAGACUGGCCUGGUCUUGCUUGCCCUCGCACCAACAAAGUCAACGUGCAACCAAGCACCAAGACAAGCUUCUACACCCUUGAAUGCCAUCAGCGUCGCCGGCCCUCGCAGACGGUCAGCUAGCCUCAAUGAAGCAUGCUACCUCCAGCUGCUGCUGCAUCUUCACGCCCGCUGCCCCUGUCCAUCCUGCUGCUGCUGCUGGCAGCUCUGCAGCUUCUCGUGUCUCCUCCUCCGGUCGCCAACGCUCUCGUCCAUGAGCAAGUCGCCUUCGACAACUCCGAUGUAUGCUGGUGGAGCCUGAUCCCCCCCGAUCUUGUCUGCCCCGUCCUCAGGCAGCAGAACCUCACCGACAUCGUCAACAGCCUCGCAGGGCCCCCAAGAUGGACUGGUGGUGACGACUGUGUCGGCAACUACUGCCUCUACAACAGCUCAAGGUUCGCCGGCGGCAGAGGCCUCGCCGCCAUCACCACCGCCCAGAACCUCCCCAGGCUCAGGGAGGUCGGGCAGCUCCUGCACGAGUUCGAGGUGUCGUUCAACAAUGACGACGACAGCCUGCCCUUCCUCGUUGCAGAGGUCGAGGGCAAAGGGAAUGGCGUUAUCGCCAAACAGCCUCUCGUCCGCGGCGACCCCGUCAUGGCCCACACCCCGGUCCUCCUCGUCCACCAGGGCUUCAAGGAGGAGCCAGACCAGGCCGGGCAGCACCGGCUGCUGGACCUGGCCCUGGCGUCACUCCCCCAGCAGACCGCGGACCUCUUCAUGAGCCAGAUGGCCCACGACCCCGACGAGCAUCCCGUCGCGGCCCGCCUGACCACCAACGCCUUCCGGCUGGACCUGGGCGGCGACGACGGCCAGCACUACGGCGCCUUCCCCGAGGUCGGCAAGACGAACCACGACUGCCGGCCCAACGCCGCAUACUACGUCGACCAGUCGACGCUCAUGCACAUCACCACCGCCGUCCGGCCCAUCGCCGCCGGCGACGAGAUCACCAUCACGUACCUGGACCCCCUGGCCCCGCGCGCAGACAGGCAGGACCGCGCCCGCUCCCACUGGGGCUUCGCGUGCGCGUGCCCCCACUGCAGCGCCUCCGCCGACGAGGCCGCCGAGUCCGACAAGCGCCUCAAGGAGCUGCGGUGGAUCGAGGGGCAGCUGCAGGACCUGGCGUCGGGCGACGCCUCCGUCGGGCUCAUCACGUACCUGCUCAAGCUGUACGAGGACGAGCGCCUCCAGUGCCGGGUCGCCAACGCGUACAUCCUCGCGGCGCUCAACUUCAACGUGCUGGGGUAUGACCAGCGCGGGGCCCGGUAUGCCGAGCUGGCUAUCGAGGCCCUCAAGAUCGAGAAGGGCGAGGGGUCCUCGCAUGUCGAGACUAUGGAGGAGCUGAGGCGGGACCCGAGGGGGCAUCCGACCUUUAAGGGGAGGGGGAAGAAGGGUGGGAAGUGA